GGACAGGAAAUUUCACCGUUCCCUGAUGGACUCCUGAACUCAGUUUUCCGGAACUACGUGAGGAAGACCCGGCCGGGUAUUCGGGACCUGAAAUCUCCCGGGAGCCGCAGUCGCCGCGCGGGGCGGCCUGGGAAAGUCACCAGUCAGCAGCGCAGUGGCGGGAACCGCAGCCCGGCGGCCCUGGAACCUCCCAGGUGUUACCUUCUUUUGUUUUUGUUUUAUGAAAGUUCCCAGUGGUUUUUUGAAGAAUCCCUUUCCCAUAUACAAGUCUCACAUUGCUCAGUCAGUCCUGCUCACCUGUGGAGCAGAACAAAGAGCCCUGGAUGAUGAAGAGAGAGGAGACAGUAGCAAAGGAUCCAGCCCACACAAAUUUUCAUAAAGGAAGAGGCAUAAGGAAACUCCCAAAACAUGUCACAAGAAUUCCAGAUUUUGUUCCAGAGGUAGAAACUCAGAGAAGAGCAACAAGAAGAAUGAAUGCUUCUCUGAUAAAUGCUCCUGAGAGUCUGUUAACAUUCAGGGAUGUAGCUGUGGAUCUCUCGAAGGAAGAAUGGGAAUGUCUAGAUUGUGCCCAGAGGGCUUUGUACAUGGAUGUAAUGUUGGAGAAUUACAACAAUCUAGUCUUUGUAGGUCAAAAUCAAAGAGUCCACACAGGAAAGAAAGAACACAAAAACACAGAGUUUGAUAAAUCUUUUGACUCUCAACAUAAACUCACAAUGAAACGAACCAAUAGUGGAAAGAAACCCCACCAAAGCCGGAAAUGUGGAAACUGCUUCAAGACAGACUCAAGUCUUAGUAGACAUCAGAGAGUUCAUACUAGACAGAAACCCUAUAAAUGUACAAAAUGUAGUAAAUCCUUUACACGCUUAUCACAACUCGAAGUACAUUGCAAAUUCCAUUGUGGUGAAAAAUCCUACAAAUGUACAGACUAUCCUAAGUGUUUUUACCAGAAAUCAGAAUUAAGAAGACAUUUGCAUCAGAAAAUUUGUACUGGAAAGAAACCUUAUGGAUCUGGUGAAUGUGAUAAAUCCUUUACCCAGAAAAUGAAUCUUAGAGCUCAUCAGAGAAAUCAUACCGGACAGAAGCCUUAUAAAUGCAAUAAAUGUGACAAAUCUUUUAUCAGGAUAUUCAGUCUUAGAAUUCAUCAGAGAAGUCAUACAGGAGACAACCCUUACAAAUGUAGUGAAUGUGAGAAAUCCUUUACUCGGAAAGACAAUCUUAGAACUCAUCAAAGAGUGCAUACAGGAGAAACACCUUACAAAUGCAGUGAAUGUGAUAAAUCCUUUACCCAAAGAGGCAAUUUUAGUACUCACCAGAGACUGCAUACAAGAGAGAAACUUUAUAAAUGUAUUGAAUGUGACAAAUUUUUUACCGCUGCCUCGCAUCUUAGAACUCAUCAGAGGAUUCAUACAGGAGAAAAACCUUACAAAUGCAGUGAAUGUGAUAAAUCCUUUACCCAAAGAGGCAGUCUUAAUACUCACCAGCGAAUGCAUACAGGAGAGAAACCUUACAAAUGUAUUGAAUGUGAUAAAUCCUUCACCCAUAGAGGCAGUCUAUGUACUCAUCAGAGACUGCAUACAAGAGAGAAACUUUACAAAUGUGUUGAAUGCGACAAAUUUUUUACUACUGCCUCAUCUCUUAGAACUCAUCAGAGAAUUCACACAGGAGAAAAACCUUACAAAUGCAGUGAAUGUGAUAAAUCCUUUACCCAAAGAGGCAGUCUUAGUAAUCAUCAGAGACUACAUACAGGGGAGAAACCUUACAAAUGUAUUGAAUGUGGUAAAUCCUUUACCCAUAGAGUCAGUCUUAGCACUCAUCAGAGACUGCAUACAGGAGAGAAACCUUACAAAUGUAUUGAAUGUGACAAAUCCUUUACCCAAAGAGGCAGUCUUACAACUCAUCAGAAAAUGCAUACAGGAGAGAAACCUUACAAAUGUAUUGAAUAUGAUAAAUCCUUUACCCAAAGAGGCAGUCUUAGUACUCAGAGACUGAAUACAAGAGAGAAUUUACAAACGUAUUGAAUGUGGUAAAUCCUUUACCCAAAGAGGUAGUCUUAGUACUUAUCAAAGAAUGCAUACAGAAGAGAAACCUUACAAAUGUAUUGAAUGUGACAAAUCCUUUACCGAUGCCUCAAAUCUUAGAACUCAUCAGAGAAUUCAUACAGGAGAGAAACCUUACAAAUGCAGUGAAUGUGAUAAAUCCUUUAACCCAAAGAGGCAGUCUUAGUACUCAUCAAAGAGUGCAUAUAGGAGAGAACCUUAAAAAUGUAGUGAAUGUGACAUCCUUAUCCAAAAGGGUCAUCUUAGAAUUCAUUAGAGAAUUCAUCCAUACAGGAAAGAACCCUUAUAAAUCUAAUGAAUAUUACAAAUCCUUUAGCAAGAAAGGCCAUCUUAGACCUCAGCAGAGAAUCUAUACAGGAGAGAAACCUUACCAAUGUAGUGAAUGUAACAGACCCUUUAUCAGUUGCUCAGACCGUAGAAAUCAUCA